AUGGCUGCAGAAUCGCGAAACCCUCUGGGUGGCGUGCAGCGUUCGCUCGAUUUCUACACUAUCCUGAGAGUCGAUCGUAAUGCGUCGGCCAGCGAGCUUCGAUCUGCCUACCGCCGAGCUGUGCUUCGUGCACAUCCGGACAGAGGCGGAAGCUCUGAAGCAUUUUGUUUGGUCACCAAGGCUUUUGAGACGUUGUCGAAUCCCUCCGAGCGGAGCCUGUAUGAUGGAAGCCGGCAAGGCCCUGCCAACCCGAACAAAAGCGGAGGUCCAAGCAACACCAGAUGCAAGCGGCGUUCGACAAGCGAAGCUGGCCACACUGAAUCUGGGGCAGGAAAAGCAACAAAAGUGCCAGAAGAGAGUCUGACAACCCUUCACGAAGUAUUACGAGAAAUGGAAAAGCCGAUGCGUGACCAAGAGAUUUCGAAGAUGCAAGAAGGUGUUCGGACUGCCUUGCUCAAGUUCAUGGAGGAGAGGCGAUCCUUGGAGAAGCCAAAACUGCGUGAACCGGUGUAUGCUGUUGGUUCAAGCUGCAUGCGUCUUCGAAGCUUUCGAGACUCAAUUGGUCGCGAGAAGUUCAGCGUCCAAUUAGAUGUCGAUUGCUUGAGGGCGUACACCCGUCAGGUGCCGCUGGAGACUGCCAUCGAGCAUCAGCUGGUGCUGUCUGACUUGAGAGACGAGUUGCUGAAGGCUGACGCAUCCUUCUGGAAACCGCCCUUCAAGAUCUGUCAAGUUUUCCAAGCCGUACUCUCAUCUCACACCACUACAGUCUGCACGCUUGGCCUCAGCAUCUUCGUUCAGAUGCGAGCAUCUGAAUGGAUUCCGAAUGCUUACUCUCUCACAUCGCCAGUCAUGGGGUUCGAUGAGACAGUGGCACUUCGCCACCGAUUGAUAACUGCAAGGGCUACUUCUUGGGCGAUGUUGCGUCAAGCGUGGGUCGCUCUCUUGCAGAUGCGAAAGUACAGCAUGACGGCAGGGGAUGCAUCAGUUUAUGUCGACAAGGCAAGGGAGGAGCUGUUACGGCGCCGCCUUGUCCAGGCCACAACAUGCGUGAAGCUGACCCAAGAACAGGAGCCGGCAUCAGAGACAUCCGGCAAAGGAAUGCAGAACCGCCCUUGUCGCCAGAAAUGCAGAGGUUCCAAUUCAACAUGUUUGACAGCAGCGGCAUUGCGAGCGCACACCGAAGCUUGUGCCGCACGACCUUGCUCUGAUCGGCCUUUUGCGAAUCUUGCACAAACAUUGGGUGAUGACAAGCUGGCGUGUGCGAUCGGCACCGUCGCUGAGCUCCAAGGCGCUGGGGCAUCGGCAGUGAUAGGCACAAUCGCGCAUGGCACUGUUGUGCUCGGCGAGGAUUGUGCUGGUGAGAUACUUGCACAAGGGAUGUCCGGCACGGCGCCGAUUCCAUCUUUCCAGCAGGACAUGAGUUUGCCCUCCAGCGUCCUGCAAGAGGCUUUGGACUCUAUCACGGCUUUGUGGGUCAAGGUCACACGAUUUGAGGCUCAGGAGCCUAUGGGAGUCUCCGAGAUCAAGCGUGACUCGGCAACAGGCGGUGGAAUCUAUUGUUUGCGACGCAAUGCCAUGGGCUAUGGGUUGUACCAGUCAAGCGCUGAACCUCGUGAUGGUCCUCUAAUACUCUUGCCAGAGCACCUGGGACUCGAGCUGCGCCUUGACGCGCAGCGUGCAGCCUCAGAUCGAAUGGAGGAUGUCUCGCUGACUUGGAAAUUGCUCGGGGCGGCUGAAACCGUGGGCCGCUUCUUUUCGUCGGCGGAGGAUGAGGCCGGGAUGAAGGAAGACAUGCAGGCCGUGUCAGUGUCCUUGCGAAGACCGGAGGACUUGUUUGAGGUGAAGCAGCGCGAGCAACUGAAAAAGGCAGUGGCUGCGCUGCGAGUUCCCCUUGCCGAGCUUCUGGCAAAGGCCAACGGUGAGGGGCGCGCAGCUGAUCUCCUUGCUGGCUUGCCGAAGGAUGUGUCAAGGCGGUUUUCGCGCUUGCGAUGUUCAUUGAUAGCGGCGACAUCCGAAACAAACUCUUUGGUUGUGUGUCCUCGAUGGGCUGGUCAAGAAGAGAUGACGGGUCCCAUCGUUCAGGAUGCCAACGCGGCCUUCGAUGGCAAGGCGGAAGGAAACGGGCAGGAUCUCUUGAACUUCAUCGCCGUUUGUGAGAAGCUUGAGCGCACGGGCUCCUGGACGUGCGUCGAGGCCCAUCUCCGACAGGAGGUCAUAGCUUUCAGCACAAGGCACGGCCAAGAGAUUCAGAAGUACGUGAGGCUGCGCUGCAAGGAUACAACACAGGCAGUGGUGCAGCAUGGUGAGCCUACUUCGCCCUCCGCUUCAGGUCUGCUGGAAGAGCUCAUAGAGACGAAGCCGCAUUCCGUCGGCACACAAGGCUCGAAGGCUUCGAUGCUUCCCUUGCUGCCUCCACCGCCAUCUUCUGUUUGCAGCGUCGCCCGCAAAGCGUAA